CCGGGGCUCAAAAGCAUCGGAUCCAGUGCUUGAAUCAGGAUCAAUUUAUCGAACGCAGAGUCAUGGGCGUGGACUCGAUAUCGCCAUCGGACGACUCUCGACCGCCCAGUCCAGUUGACUGGAAGGCAGGCCUCUAUCUUCCACGCAACUGGAUGGAUCUAGACGACUGGGAGUGUCCCUCUGAGGACAUCGCCAACUUGACGUAUCUCAGUGUACCACUGGGAGAGCAAUUCGAGAAAGGAAGAUAUGUCAUCGUACGAAAGCUGGGCUGGGGUUCGUGGACUACCGUCUGGCUAGCACGAGAUCGGAAAACAAAUACAUUCGUUUCGCUCAGGAUUUUGUCCUCGAAAGCAACGGAGAACAUCAAAGAUGGCGAAAGUGACGAGCUAGACCUAAUCGAGCGAUUCAUUGCCCUCUGCGAGAGAGACGAACGGCAACCAGCAUGGGCUCAGCACAUCGGUCGAUUUUUCGACUUUUUCAGCCAUCGCACCGAAGAGAAUGUGGAGCAUCUUUGUAUGACCAUGGAACCUUUGGCAUGGGACUUAUUUAUCCUCAAGUCGAGGACACCGGAAGGUCGAUUCCCCCGCAAGACCUGUAAGAGCCUUGUGAGGCAGAUAUUGAUCGCUCUCGAGGGUAUCCACCGUGAAAUGGGAUACGUGUUUACUGAUCUCAAGCCUAACAACGUCCUCAUACGUCCUGAAGCGAUCUCCUCUAUCAUCGUGGAUGAAAUGGUCGUCGAGCCCGCUAUAACGGACACUCUGGAUUCGCAUCGGUACCCGAAGGGUACGGUUCGAUGUAAAUCACAGCCUCUGCCUCCGUGGAUCGGGGCAGGCGAUCACAUCGGUGUGGUUCCGCUUCAUGUGGUACUCGUCGACUUUGGGGAAGCCCGCGAACCAGGUCAGGUAUUUCCUGAGACCGCACAAAAUAUGUCUUUCCGCGCCCCGGAAGUCUACCUAGGGUAUCCGGCCACCAGUGCGCUGGAUAUUUGGUCGCUCGGCUGUCUAGUCUUCUGGCUCGUAACUGGCGGAGAAGCUUUCGAACCGGGUUGGGGUGGCAUCGACAGGGAAACGGGGAUAACAUGGGACGUCGAGGAAGCACAGCUUCGAGAUAUGAGUGACCGGCUCAAGAUGGACAUCCCGAUCGAGAUGCGCGAGCGCAGUCAGUACUGGGACAAGUACCUUGAUGAACAUGGUAACUUCUUGCGAAGUAUCGAAGGAGAAGAUCUUACCCUCAAGGGCUCCAUGCUCAUGGUGGAGGAGACUCAACCUCCCGAGGACCGUCUCCCCGACGAUGAGCUGGAGGGUUGGAACGCCUUCAUGCUGAGGUGCCUGAAAAUACAGCCAGAAUCUCGUCCCUCCGCAGCCGAACUGCUUCAAGACCCUUGGUUGCAUGAAAGCUGAACGAGAUGGAGCGAGGAAAGAUGUAGUGUCGCAGAGGUUAACGAAAAAGCGAGCGGUUUACGAUAUCCUACGAGCAUGCAGUCGUCUAUAAGCUAGGAGAACGGUUGGCGAUUUGCGAAUCUAUCGAGAAGUGGAAAUGGUCACGAGCUUCCAGUCUCCACCCGUUACUUUCGUCCACGGUCUUCACAGUCCACGGGGCGCGCGUGUUUGCUCAGGCGCUGAGGGCAACGAUCAGUCGCCAUUUCGAUCUAGCAUGCAAUUCAUGCGAUUCAGCCUGGCCUCUAUUCGCUCUGGAGGUUGAUGUCCUCUGCCCCAUGACAGCCCAUGCAGUUUAUUGUAGAACGUGCUUCUUCUCGGGGAUCAUCGCAGAGCGACAAAAGACGAUGCGCAGGUCCUCACAGACCCCGCGCGGAUGCGAAAUGAGCAUCGAUGUAUCUAAAAAUGGAAUUGUUGCGAGAUACGGAGAUUCGAUGCUUGAUGUGAC